AUGCACGCGACAGUCACUGCCACACAACAUAUCCUUCAGUCGGUUACCACUCACAGAUACGAGCUUGUUGCAGUGUUAAUCAGUGGUAUCGUUGCCUACUUUGCUACCGUGCGUUUUGUACAGGGGGCCCGCAUAAAGCUAAUACAAAGAAGGCUCUGCGGAAUAGAUAUUAAUAAAACAACGCCGGAGCAACGAAAGAAGAUUGCAUCGAAACCGUAUGACGAGCUAGACGAAGGCGAGAAGCGACUCGUCGUGCCGGAGUCAUUUGGCAUUCUUGCAGGUGCUGUGUACCUCUCUGCCGUUUUGAUAACCACUUCUGUGGCCUUUGGUGGGGUCUCCCGCCAACUGGAUGGAUCAGUGACUUCCAUUGCCGUUAUGCUCCUUCUUGGAUUUGUAGAUGAUGUGCUCGACCUGCGUUGGAGGUACAAAAUACUUCUCUCGGCGAUAGGCACCAUCCCACUUGUCAUGACGUUCAAGGGAAGCCUCGAGGUCAUCGUUCCCCGCCUCCUCGCGCCUUACCUUGGUUCACCCACGCUGUACCUCGGUGUCUUCUACCUUGUGGGUCUGUCGUUGUUGUGCAUCUUCUGCACGAACAGCAUAAAUAUUCUCGCUGGUGUUAACGGUGUGGAAGUAGGGCAAAGUAUUGUGAUUGCUGUGGCAUCUAUAGUGCACUGCAUUAUGCAGAUGCGUCUAGAAAGUGAUCCGAGCUACGGUGGACCUGCCACCUCAGGGCAACUCCUAGCCAUUGCGCUGCUCGUACCGUUUGUUGGUGUGAGCGCUGCCCUCUGGCGUUUCAACUCGUACCCUGCUUCCAUAUUUGUGGGUGACAGUUAUACAUAUUUCGCAGGCACUGUCCUUUCGGUCGCUGGCGUAACAGGUGUCUACAGUAAGACACUCAUGCUCUUUUUCGUGCCACAGCUUGUUAACUUUGCAAUUUCGCUUCCGCAGCUACUGCGAAUCGUGCCAUGCCCCCGCCACCGCGUUCCUCGGUGGGACAUGAAGAGGGAUGUCAUGCAGAACAGUGGUAAUUACACGCUGUUGAACGCCAUCUUGCUUCUACGUGGUGAUAUGCAUGAGCGGGAUUUGACGCGUGCGGCGUUGAAACUACAGAUUGUCUCUUGCAUAGUUGCGAUGUUCGCAAGAUACUUCCUGGCUUCCCUCCUGUACGACCACGUCUACUGA